AUGAGGCAGCCGGAGGCAGCCGGCAACAGCGACCCCUUGGAGAACUUCCGCAGCCGGCCGGGACAACAGGUCUACCCAGCACCGGCCGAAAUACGACUAAGUCCCGCCGGAUCCGGGAGCACUCCCAGCCGAGCCGACGGGCAACCCGUGCCCCGUGGUCUGCCUGCUGACACGCUGAACUGGCGAAACAGCGCCCCCGCCCCCGCCCCCGCCCCGUCCCACCCACGCCCUCCUGAGACCCUACACAGCCCGGCCCCCCUGGCCCCGAUGCGGCUCGCCCCGCCCCGCCCAGCGGGGGCCGUGGGGGCUCGGUGCCGAGGCGCCCGGGGCCGGCACGAAGCCGCCGGCCCUUGGGCCCUCGUCCGCACACAGACACAGAUACAGCGCCACACCCACCGACCCCCCCCCCGCCCCGUGCGCACGCUCACUCCCCAAGGUCAUCCUUCAGGCCACCACACCGCCCCCUCGCCGCCCCCCGCCACCUGCCCCCGCCCCCCCGCCGGGCGGCGGGGCACGCCCACCCGCCCGCCCGCCUGCCUGCUGCCCGUCCGCAUGCACGCUCUCGCGUGCCCUCACUCCCUGGCCCUGGCCCCGUCCCCGUCCCCGCCACCGCCCCCUGCCCUUACCCCUGCCCUUGCCGUCUCUGUCGGAGCCGCCCACGCCCGUCGGCGGUUGGGGGCGCCCCACCCAGCCUCUCCCAUCAGCCUCCCUGGCGCCCGCCGGGUGCCCCACGAUCAUGCGGUACGCGACGGGGGAGAGGCGGCGCCGCAUCCGUCCGCCCCUCCGGCUCCCAACCACGAGCGGCGCUCCUCACCGGGCCCGCCCGCGGACGGGCGGGCGGCCGGCUAUCGCGAGCCCACCGAGGCGCCGGCGGCGCUGCGGUAUCGCUACGUCUAG